AUUAAUUUUACUUAUAUUUAGGUACGUGCCAAGCAACACGCCCUGUGUUGUGAUGGAUGUGAGCGGUGGCAGCAUCGCUUGUGCGAUACUGGCAUUUCUUGCUCAUUGUACCUGGCUACAAUGCGGGGAGAGGGAAUCAUUUCCUGGUACUGUCGAGACUGCACCAUGCCAACGUUUGUGCCAGGGGAGAUUUCUACAGAGGAGAGUACCAUUGCUCCACCUCCUCUAGAGUCUACCAGACUAGAGGCUCCAGUUGCCCCCCACGCUCUUCAGCAAGUGACCACGGACAGCAUGGAGGAGUUGAUGGAGACAGAGCCAGUUCCAGAGCCUGAGCCAGUCCCAGUCCCAGAGCCUGAGCCAGUCCCAGAGCCUGAGCCAGUCCCAGAGACAGUCCCAGUCCCAGAGCCUGAGCCAGAGUCUGCCAUCUACGAACAGGACACCAUCAUUGAUGAUGAG